GCAGAUACUCACUCUGACGGACUGCGAACGAUGACGGGGCGGAAAGCGGACGCCCAAACCCCGUUGCUGGAAGCUGUACGGGGUUUCACUGCCCUGCUGCUGUUGCUGACCUUGGUGACACUUUGCAACGGUCAUGGUAGACUGAUAGAGCCACCGAGUCGAGCGUCCGCCUGGAGGUACGGAUUUUCGACGCCGCCAAACUACAACGACCAUGAGCUGUACUGCGGGGGAUUCAAUCGGCAAUGGCAGAAGAACGACGGCAAGUGCGGCGAGUGUGGCGAUGCGUUCGACGUGCCGAAACCGAGACCUCACGAGUACGGUGGCAAAUGGGGUCAAGGAGUGAUUGUGAGGCGCUACAAAGCUGGAUCGGUGAUUACGGUGAGAGUGGAGCUCACUGCCAGUCACAUGGGAUACUUUGAGUUCCGAAUCUGCGAGAACGUGAAAGCACAGCAGGAAUGUUUGGACAAACAUGUUUUGAAGAUCCUCAGCGGUACACCGAGUAUACCGCACCCGAACGAUUUGGAGACUCGUUUUUAUCCUCGCAAUGGCAGUCGAAUUUACGAAAUGAAGGCAGAACUUCCUCAAAGUUUUCAGUGCACCAAUUGCGUUAUCCAGUGGAAAUACAUUGCCGGUAACAACUGGGGAAUGUGUCCGGAUGGUAAUGGGGCGGUCGGUUGUGGCCCUCAGGAAGAAUUCCGUGCUUGUUCUGAUGUGUCAAUUGGCGAUACCAGUGACAAUGGGAAUCGUACUCCGCUUCGACCAGGAUAUCGCCCAACGCCAACCAGAGUGCCUGCCGUCACACCGGACCAGGGUGCGAGUGGAGCAACCGGCAACGGAACAAACGUCGACGAGGAAAUGCCACCCGUCAAGUACAUGGGACCACUGGUUGCCAUUUUAUCGCUUUUUCUUGUCCUAUGUGGAUUUGCUGCACUCUAUAUUUAUCACUAUCAUGGGGGGCGGAUAAAGGCUCUGAUGCGCUGGAACCGCGACAAGAACCAAAAGAUGGCCCAACAUAUGGAAGCGAGCGCACAGGACUCGGCCAUAUCCAUCAGCCCACCUGUACCGCCACCAAGAACCAAAAGGAUCUCGCAGCACAUUCGUGAUAUCGAAGCCGAAGAAUCUAGCGUACUGACCGGAAACAGUAAACCAUCGGUGUUGACACCUAAGCUGACGAUUUCGGACACGGACAGGAGCAAACCCUCGGAGAAGGAAUGAAUC